AAUGGAACACCAAUCCAAACUAGUACUUUUCAAGGAAUUCAAAAGAGUGUGAAAAACCAAAUAUGCAAAUUGAUGAACCCGCCGCCACUCCGGGGAAGAAUGAAGAACCCGUUAGCUUUGGUUGUUCAAAAAUUAAAAAGCAGAUACCCUUUGUGUUUUCUCCACCAAACAACACAACCCUUUUCGGUACUACAAAUGGAGCUUCCUCCUCUGUCUCAUUUUCUCCGUUGUUUGCUUCUUCUGGAGAUUCUAUUCCUGCUUUUGGUUGUGGCCUGAAGCUCCCUACUACCCAUCCUCUUAACCCCUCUCCCCAACCCUUCAAAAAUUCCCCUAAUCCUUUCUCUUCUUUUUCCAGUUCUUCAUUCCCAUCUAGUUUCAAUUCUGGAUGCACUUCUUUCGAUUUUUCAGCCACUCCUCUCCAUUGCUUCUCCAACAUUCCACAACUCCAAACUCCCAAAUGGGGAACCAAACUUGCUGCUUACUCACCAACCAUUGAUCCUAACCAUAAUCAAUCCCUAACUGGCAACUGCAGCUUUCUCUUUUCCAUAUCAGCUAUGCCUGCUUACGGAAACAAAACCCAUGAAGAACUCAGGUGGGAGGACCAUCAAACUCAACCUAGAGCUGCUGUCUCUCUGCAGUGGCCCCAAAUGGGUGCACUUGGUUUUCCAGUUUUAUCUGGUGCUGGUGGAUGGGGAAAUUCACUGCCUCCAUUUGCUGUCGUACCCCUCCUUCCUCAACCGCCCACCACCUUUUUUGGCCUCACUCCUCUUAACCCCUCUCGCUAUACACCGUCAAAUGUUUCGUGGUCUAUCACUUUUUCCCCUUCCCUUUCUUUUUGACAUCUUUAAUAGUUUCAAUAUCUGGAAAGAAUUCUUGUUUCUUCUCUUUGCUGCUUUUAUUGUCUCCUGAAAAUAGUUCCAAUACUUGGAGCAAUUUGUGCAAAGAAUAAAGAGUGUUUGUUUCUAAUGUACUGUGGAGAAUUGAGUAAUUAUCUUUUACUUAGAUUUUGUUUGCUGGGUUCAAUA